UGUGGACCGCGGGGUUGGCGCAGUUCACCUGCAGGCCCCACCCAGCACACACAGUGAGAAGCUCCGCUGAGCGUCACAUUGGAAUCGCGGUAUCACGUGUACACUUCCACGCAUCAGGACAAAAAUAAGAGCGUGUGGAAGCCAUACUGGUGGUGGAGCAAGUGAGCUGAGUAAGCGGUGCCACCUCUACACACCACACCCGCGCCACCAGGUGUAUGGCCCUGAGGUGAUCGUGGCACAAGCGGCAUCAUCAUGAAGGCAUAUUGGGCGUGGGUGGUGCUGCUGCUGGUGCUGGUGGUGAGCGUGGGCGUCACCGAAGGCAAGAGGGGCAAAGGCCGCGGCAAGAAAGGACGCAAGAACAUGAGUAACCGAGGCAGCAUCACCAAGUUCAAAUCUGAGGACAGCCGAGCCUACUACAACCACAAUGGCGGUGCCAAGAUCACAAUUUGGUCUCACUUCGAGUCGGAGUAUGUACUGGGCCGCAAGAUUGUCUUCAUGUGCAAGGCUGAGGGAGAACCUCGUCCAGUCAUCACCUGGUUUAAGGACGGCAUCGAGCUUUACGCCCAUUCAUUCUUCCAGGUGCAUGAGUGGAAGGAAGGCAAGGUGUCCAUCAAAAGCAAGAUGGAGAUCGACCCAGCCACUCAGAUGGACGCCGGCUACUAUGAGUGUCAGGCAGACAACAAAUACGCCGUGGACGUGAAGGGCUUCAGCGCCGACUACUCCAUCGAGUUUGUGUGAGCAUCCAGCCAGGGUCCCCACACCCGACUCCUUCACACCCACCACCAUGACCUACAACUCCUCGACGUCUGUUGGGAGCACUUCUCGUGGUUGACUUACCCAAUACUGGAAAGAAGCGACCUGUGGCAGCUACCAGGAUCUGUGUUUGCUCUGGCGUUAGGAUUUUCUCCACUUUAUACUGGAUAGGACGUGGUAGACGGCUCUGGCCGACUAGUUCCCAUCCGGCGACUCACCAAGGGGAUGGAGGCUUAACAGAAGGGAUCAGUCACCAGUAAUGACAUGCUGUCUAUGUAGUAACCUCGGGACUCAGGACAUGCUGUCAGAGAGCAAGUUAAAAAAUAUCCAGCUCUAGCGGUGUGAGCCACACGAGAGGCAAGUUUGUUAGGAUAUCAGGUCUAUGUUGAGGCUGGGUGAGGAUAGGUAAAUUCACUAGGUAGAGAGUACACUAUUCACUACAGCACGGAUCACGUUAGUAAGUUAGUAUCUUAGUGUAAUGGAGUAGUUGGAAAAACAAGAAUAUUUCCAAAAAGUAUAUCAAAGUCCUGUGGUUGACAGAUUACAAAUAGUGGGUUAAUGCGGGCACCCAAAAGCCUUGUCCGUGUGGACAGAUGAGUAAUGUACAUUCAACAGCUGCAUGGCGGUGGAGCCCGGCCACGGCUACCAAACUGUGAUGUGAAUGAAAUGGGUUGAAAAAAGGUUUUACACAAGCGAAGGUGUGGUCUCAACACUGGAGCAAUAAAUAAUGCUUCUAAACUACACCUAACCUGAUGGUAACGAGACCAGGUGGACUGAAGGUAGUGAAGAAGAUAUGACCACAUGUGGAGAAUGAUAGUAAUGGAUAUAUUACAUAAGCCUACAGCGAGUGCAUACAGUAAUUACUCUUUCAUAUGUCUGGCAGUUUUUCACCGAUAUCAGUCUCGAUGGGUCAAGCCUGUACACCCCAUGGUAACUGUGAAACACACGCGUCUAGCCUCUUAAAUCCUAAUUGUUCAAUCUCACUAAACAAACGUAGCUGUGUUAACUAACCACUAGUCUGAUAGAACUUUCACUUAGGGGUCAAACAAGGGGUUUAAAGUAGUCACUAUACCAUUUUUUGGACCCUGUGUAUGUUUGAGCGCAAGCGCGUAAAGAAGACGUUUACAGGGUGUCUCCGGCCCAAACAAUCCGUGUUAUGCCACCUUUCAAUCCCUGACCUUUAACUUGAAUAAUUUUCAGGUGUUGGAGAGAUGUACAGUAUAUCUUUCCCAAAACACCUGGAUUUUUGUGGCCCAAACACACACCACAAUCGUCGCAUUACAUAAAUAUACACACAGGUUCCAAAGUCAAUAUCUUACCUACUGUGAACCCCUGACAUGUUCUCCUAAGCUUAACCGUAAACCUAUGUAGUUUUGUUCAGUCUCAUCAAAGCUUAGUUUUCUUGAGCCCACACUCUAUCUUCUCUAAUUCUGUUUUACCUACACAAGCACCUCACUGCUCUACUCAGCCUCACCCACGUACAGUAGUUCUGUUCACGCACUCUGCCUACCACAGUCCUGUACACUUGGUUUACUAUUAAAUUAUAUGAAACAUAAA